GCGGUCUCCCACCAAGAAAGCAACGCGCUUCGCAAGCACAGAGUAAUCAGCAGCCAACAGUUUCCGACGAUCUCAAACGAUCUCAGCGUUUCAGUUCACAGAGUCCCAGUAGCCCUCAGUAGCGCAAUGGCAGCUGCUCCGUUUGCGAUUGCCAGCCGACUCUCCCCGGCAGCGCGCCUCCCGGUCCGCGCCUGGAGAGCCGCGAGGCCGGCGCCCGGGUUCGCGCCGUCCGGGAGAGCCCGCUCCCUCGCCGUGGCGUCCGCGGCGCAGGAGAACAGGGACAACACCGCCGUCGACGUCCAGGUCAGCCAGGACGGCGGCAACCGGCAGCAGGGCAACGCCGUCCAGCGCCGCCCACGCCGCGCAGCACCGCUCGACAUCUCCCCGUUCGGGUUAGUUGAUCCGAUGUCGCCAAUGCGGACGAUGCGGCAGAUGCUGGACACGAUGGACAGGCUGUUCGACGACGCCGUGGGGUUCCCCAUGGCGACACGGAGGUCCCCGGCGGCGACCGGCGAGAUGCGCCUGCCGUGGGACAUCAUGGAGGACGAGAAGGAGGUGAAGAUGCGGUUCGACAUGCCGGGGCUGGAGCGGGACGAGGUGAAGGUGAUGGUGGAGGACGACACGUUGGUGAUCCGCGGGGAGCACAAGAAGGAGGACGGCGUCGAGGGCGCGGAAGGCAGCGGCGACGGGUGGUGGAAGGAGCGCAGCGUGAGCUCGUACGACAUGCGGCUGGCACUGCCGGAUGAGUGCGACAAGAGCAAGGUGCGCGCCGAGCUCAAGAACGGCGUGCUCCUCGUCACCGUGCCCAAGACCGAGGUGGAGCGCAAGGUCAUCGACGUGCACGUCCAGUAGAUGGAUCAAGGUUUCGUUUUCAGCUCAACCUCAAUGGAUGAGACUGCUUUUCUGUAGCUGUAGCGUGCGUUUCACUCUUCCAGCUUCUCUGCGCGUGCGCAGAUUGUGUGUGUGGGUGUAGAUGCUACUCGUAGUCAAAGGAGGGGAAUAAUGUGAAUAAACUCUUCUAUUCGGUAUAUCUCUCGUGUUCUUCAAUUUUCUGUA